GGGGGGUGAGAGAGUGAAGGAUCGGGGUGGAAGGGUCUGGAGGGGGGGCCUCGCAGACGUGGGACACCUGAGGCCUCCUGUGAGGUGUAACCGGACCCCUGGCCGCGGACACGGCGUGUGUGGCCUGACCCCGGCCUGCUCUUCCGCCCCCCGGGGCGCGGCCGCGGAUACAUAAGCCCCGCAGACGGGCGGGCGGCCGGUCAGGCCGAGGCAUGGCCUUCAGCGACCUGCUGGAUGCCCUGGGCGGCGUGGGCCGCUUCCAGCUGCUCUACACGGGGCUGCUGCUGCUGCCCUGCAGCCUGCUGGCCUGCCACAACUUCCUGCAGAACUUCACGGCCGCGGUGCCCCCCCACCACUGCCGCGGCCCGGCCGGCGCCCCCGCCAACGGCUCCGAGGCCCCCCGGGGCCCGCCGGGCGCCCCCGACCCCUGCCGGCGCCUCCCGGAGCCCCCGCGGGCCCCCCUGAGCCCCAACGCCUCGGCGCCCGGGGCGGCCACGGAGGGCUGCCUGGACGGCUGGGUGUACGACCGCAGCGUCUUCCCGGCCACCAUCGUGACCGAGGUGCUGGGAGGGCGGGCCAGGCGGGCCGGGCGGGGCGGGGGCUGCUGCUCAGGCCCGCUGAGAGCCCUGUCCCCGCAGUGGGACCUGGUGUGUGAGGCCCGCAGCCUCCGGGACCUGGCCCAGUCCGUCUACAUGGCCGGGGUGCUGGUGGGCGCCGUCGUGUUCGGCAGCCUCGCCGACAGGCUGGGCCGGAAGGGCCCCCUGGUCUGGUCGUACCUGCAGCUGGCGGUGUCGGGGGCGGCGGCGGCCUACUUCAGCUCCUUCAGCGCCUACUGCGUCUUCCGCUUCCUGAUGGGCAUGACCUUCUCCGGCAUCAUCCUCAACUCCCUCUCCCUGGUCGUGGAGUGGAUGCCCACACGGGGCCGCACCGUAGCGGGCGUGCUGCUGGGCUUCUCCUUCACCCUGGGGCAGCUCAUCCUGGCCGGCGUGGCGUACCUGGUCCGGCCCUGGCGCUGGCUGCAGUUCGCCGUCUCGGUGCCUUUCCUCGUCUUCUCCCUCUACUCCUGGUGGCUGCCAGAGUCCUCCCGGUGGCUCCUCCUCCACGGCAAGUCCCAGCGGGCUGUGCAGAACCUGCGGAAGGUGGCCGCCAUGAACGGGAGGAAGGAGGAAGGGGAGAGGCUGACCCAGGAGGUGGUGAGCUCCUACAUCCAGAGCGAGUUUACCAGCGUCCGCACUUCCACCUCCGUCUUGGAUCUCUUCCGAACCCCGGCCAUCCGCAAGGUCACGUGCUGUCUCAUGGUGGUCUGGUUUUCCAACUCCAUGGCUUACUACGGGCUGGCCAUGGACCUGCAGAAGUUCGGGCUCAGCGUCUACCUGGUGCAGGUCCUGUUCGGGGUCAUCGACAUCCCGGCCAUGCUGGCGGCCACCGCCACCAUGAUCUACGUGGGCCGCCGUGCCACCGUGGCCUCCUUCCUCGUCCUGGCGGGGCUCAUGGUCAUCGCCAACAUGUUUGUGCCCGAAGGUAUGCAGACGCUGCGCACGGCCCAGGCAGCGCUGGGCAAAGGCUGCCUGGCCAGCUCCUUCAUCUGCGUGUACCUGUUCACGGGCGAGCUGUACCCCACGGAGAUCAGGCAGAUGGGGAUGGGCUUCGUGUCCGUCCACGCCCGCCUCGGGGGCCUGGCUGCGCCCCUGGUCACCGCGGUCGGGGAGUUCAGUGCCAUCCUGCCGCCUGUGGCCUUUGGGGCCACCUCGAUCCUGGCCGGGCUGGCCGUCUGCUUCCUGGCUGAGACCCGAAACGCACCGCUGGUGGAGACCAUCGAGGUGAUGGAGAGGAGAGCCCAAGGCCUUUCCCAGAAGGACGCGGAGGCGAAGAGUGAAGACAUUGCCCUUCAGCAGCCGGGAGCUUCUCCCCUCCUGGAAACCAUCUGAGGUGCCAGGGCCCGGCACCCGCUGGCCGAACCUCAGCCGGAGUCCGGCUUCCA